GAAGGGAUUAAAUGAAGGGACAGAUCGCUCCCGUCGUCUCGCAAGGCGACGGUGACGGCUCGUGCUCCCAUGCUUUAUCGUCGGUAAAAUCGCCGUUGUACGAUGCGGCUGCGACUCAUCGACAAGCGAAGGUGAUUUGGUGUGGCUGGGUGUUUUGGCGCGAUUUUUUUCCUCACCACACGGGGAGGAAGGCAUCCGCGGCGCCGUCAUUUGUGCUGGAUGCGGCGGGGAUGCAGGAACUUCUAGAUGCGGCGGCGGCGCGGAAGCAGACUGGCGAUGCAGCACCGUCGGUGGCUAAGAGGACCGGCAUGGGGAAGGCGGCAGCAGCAGGGUCGACACGCUUGCAACGUGCUAUGGAGGCGGACUUUCAAGGAGCAGGCACAGCGGAGGGCCGCCAGCGGCCAGGCACAGCUUUGGGAUUGAAGCGGAAGGUGGCCGCCAUGGCAGCUGCUCCAUCCGUGGUGGCUCCACCUGUUCAUGAUUUCACGACCUUCUGUAGCACAGCUUCAUCCAUCGCUGGGAGCCAAGCCUUCAGCAGCAUCCCAAACUUCACGAGUGGACAUGCAAUUUCUUCACCGACAACUCCUCCAUGGGUACGAAGUGAAGCAACGGAUCCAGCAGCCUGGUACGUAGCAAGGCAAGUAGCAGCUUCCUCCUUGGUUGUGUUCUCCAUAUCGUACGCGAUCUGAGCUUAUCUCCUUGCCAAGUAGCAUGUGCACACCCUAGAAGUGAUACUCCCCUUUGGUUACCACCUGUUCGAUGAAAAUCCCACAUGCAAAAAAUGGCAUUAGAUUCUAAAAAAGAAGGAAAGUCAAGGGAAAGUGCAAUAGAUGUUGAACAACUUGAAAAAUAUAGCCAAAUCCAGUCUGAAGUUCAUGCAAACCGCUUACAAGUAUUAGAGGUACAACAGAAACUAUCAUCUGAGAAGCUUGAAACAUCAAGGCUCAACCAUCUUGCAGCUCUUGAGAGCAAAGACGCUAAGAUGUUGGAGGCAUACAAUUCUCUCCUCUUAAAAGACACAGGAGGGUACUCUGCUGAAGAGAAAGAUGAACAUUUGGCUGCACUUAUAUGUUUGAGGAAGCGUCUUUUUCCAGAAGAUUAAGCUGAGCAAGUAGAUGAUUGAGGAAGCGUCUUUUUCUUAAACAUGCAGCAAAAUAGCUACAAAGAUUCAAUGUAUACUUGAUCAAUAUUGAUCAAUAAAAGGCUUUUUAUGAAUUAAAUAGUACAUAGACAGUCUUACAGACAUAGCAUUGUAUGAGCUGUCUUUUUUACUGUCUGUGUGCGACCUUCAAUACACUUAGAGAUCGUCUAUACCAU